AUGCGCCCGCUGAGCCUGCCACUCUGGGUCCUUCGCCAGCCCCUGGGCACAGUGUGGGCACACGGCGGCAGCUGGCACAUCCACCAGCUGAGGAACAAGGUGUCAGAGGAACAUGAGGUCAUCAAGAAGAAGGAGCUGGAGACUGGCCCUAAGGCCUCCUAUGGCUAUGGGGGCAAAUUUGGAACAGAGCGGGACCGAAUGGAUAAGUGCGCAGUGGGCCAUGAGUACGUUGCUGAUGUUGGGAAGCAUUCCUCGCAGACAGAUGCAGCCCAUGGCUUUGGGGGGAAGUAUGGCGUGCAGCAGGACCGCGCUGACAAGUCAGCCCUGGGCUUUGAAUACAAGGGUGAGGUGGAGAAACACUCGUCCCAGAAAGAUUACUCCAAGGGCUUUGGUGGCCGUUAUGGUGUGGAGAGGGACAAGGUGGACAAAGCAGCAGUGGGAUUCGACUACAAGAGCCAGGCAGAGAAGCACGACUCUCAGAAAGACUAUUCUGUGGGCUUUGGUGGGAAAUUCGGGGUCCAGAGGGAUCGUCAGGACAAGAGUGCCCUUGGCUGGGACCAUCAGGAGGACAUGCAACUGCAUGCAUCCCAAACAGACUACGCCAAGGGGUUUGGAGGCCGUUACGGGGUCCAGAAGGACAGAGUAGAUAAGAGUGCCGCCGGCUUCAAUGAGAUGGCAGCUCCCACUUCCUCAUAUGAGAAAACAAGACCAGUAGAGGCAGGAGCUUCCAGUGGCACCAGCAGCCUGCGGUCACGGUUUGAAAACAUGGCUAAGUCAGCAGAGGAGGAGAGCAGAAGGCAGGCAGAGGAGGACCGGGUGAGGCGGCAAGCUCGGGAGUGCCAGGCGGCUCGGCGGAAGCAGGACAUCCCACAGAGAGAGAAGGACCACAGAGAAGCAGCCCCUGCCACAAUGCCAGCAAGGGCGCCUGGGAGCGCCGAGCGAGACAGGCCUGUGUCACGAGGAAAAGAGGAGGCAAAAAGGGAGGAUGAGGAAACACCACCCACUUUACCACCAAGGCCAGCAGAUCUGGGCGAAGAGCUGUGCAAGAUCCCCAGCCAGGAUCAGCCCAUCUACAGUGAAAGUUUGGAUGUUGGUGGAGACUAUGAGGAGCUGCCAGAACCCUCCGACUACUGUGACAGUACCAGUGCAGGUGCUGACUAUGAGGAGCUGCCAGCAGCCUUGGAAAAGCUGGAUGCCAUCUAUGACCAGGGAGAAGAUGGAGGUGAGGACUAUGAGGAGAUCCUUCCUGAGGAGCCCAGCCAGCCUCAGCCCCACCUGGCAGGGGAAACAGACAAUGUUUAUGAGGUGGAGAUCCCUGGGACCUGUGCAGUGGCUCUCUAUGAUUACCAAGGAGACGGAGAUGAUGAGAUUUCUUUUGAUCCUGAUGACACAAUCACACACAUCGAGAUGGUAGAUGAAGGCUGGUGGCGGGGGCAGUGCCGGGGCAAAGUAGGCCUCUUCCCAGCAAAUUACGUGAAGCUUCUGCAGUGAAACCAGCAUUGUCCAAGCUGAUGCCUUCCAAACUUUCGCCUCUUUCUGCUUCAGCCUUUUACAUGUUAUUAGCUUAAUUUGGCCUGCCGUGUCUACAUGCAAGAAAUACCAAGGAGCAAGCUGGCAGUGUCUGAGGGAAAGUUUCGGCUUGUGCCCAGGAGCACUUUGGUUCCUAUCGACUACCAGAUGGAAAAGGUGGGAUGGUUUAAGGGCAUAUGAGUGUGAAAUAAGACGUCUUUUCUACCUAAGCUGUCCCACAUACCAAUCAGCAAGCUUGCAGGACAAGCGUGUCCAUUCCUAUUCCCAACAGGGAAAUUCACAGAAGAGAAACACCAACUCUAAUCCAGUCAAGGCAGAAGGGACAUGAGCUAUGGGAGCUUUUUAAGCUGCUGUGGCCCUGAAUCUCAUCCUACCCAGGGGUCAAGGAAAAGCACAUUGUGAAGACCAAACUUGCCUUUGUUCCCAAGAAGGGUUUCCACUUGCAGGAUGAACCAUGUCUGCAGCACAGGGUAGAGAAAUACAAACCUGGUCUAUCUGGGCAGAUCUCAGGGCUGGAGCCUGGGAACAUUUGACCAUCACAGUGAACAACGCUGAUACACACUUGGCGGUAGUGAGCUGUUCCAUUAAACAGGAGACGUGUGUGCUGGCUCAGUGAAAGUGUAGGAUGAUCUUGCUAAGGUUUUCCUCUGUGUGCCAAGAACACUGUUGGGAGAUGCGUCAUUUCUGGGGAAAACCUUGAAAAAUGAAGGUAAAAAUUAGAUUAUUUUCUGAGAAAAAUUAUUCUGGAAAAUCUGUCUUGGAGCAAAAGAAAAAUACUGAAAGGCUUCACUUAACAAAGAGUAUGUUAAUAACUGUCUUGGUCCUCAUCCAGGCAGCCCAUCAGAGGAAUGUUGUGCUAGGGAAAUCCUUUCAAUCUAGCAAAUCAAUCACAAUAAGUGCUGCUUGAUACAGGCAGUGGAAUAUUUUUAAGAGCGCUCCAUUUUUCCUGUUAACUGCUCUGACAGUAUAUAUAAGCAUAUGCAUGCAGGUGAGACGGGAAGAGCCGUCCCAUAGCUUGUCUCUAGCCUCAGUCAGUGCUAAAGGUAGGUUCCCCCAUCCCCUGUUUGGCUCAGCCCGUUCUCUACUGUUGGGGAGUCUCUGUGCUGAUCUCAGGCCUCCCCAGUGUGGCAGUGAAAUAGUUAACGCCUCAAAGGCCUUUGCAGGACUCGCUAGUUAAGAAGUAUUUGCAGGUAAUGGUCUCGCCAAUUUAAUUAACAAAGGAGUGAAUUCUUUGUUAAAGGGUGUGCUGGCUAGAGCCUCCUCCUCCGAAGAAUGCUACUGUUAUUUACAAUAUCCUGCUUAUCUGACACAGUCUGGCGUAACCUAAAGGUACAUGAAGGUUGUAACUGCCCCAUUUGGGCAGAGUUGAUGUAAGCAGCGUCUCUCACUGCUGCGCUGCGCUUUCCUUUAGAGCUGUAGUAAUAAACUGCUUCUGUUCUGGCCUGA